CAUUGCACGGCUGUAAGCCAAACAAAUGAUCCAGGGCUGGGCCUUGCUGUCCUGCUCUCUGCUCAGUGCUGGUUCUGUGGUUGCUCCCCAGGCCUGGGUUUCUCCUGGGAGCUGUAGCUGUUCUGGGUGGCACAUGCAGGUUUUUUUUUGCACCUCUGUUGUGAAUCAGAGCGAAGCACAAAUGUCGCUGCAUAGACUCGUGCAGCAGCCAGUUAUCACAACAGGGCAAGGUUUCCUCUGAAAGACUGAUAACGAAGUUUCCCAACCCAGAGAUGCAGCUACAGAUGAUUUACAAGACAGAUGAUUAUUUUAUCAUUCUCAUGAUAGAAGAGUCACCAUUGGGGUAGGAACGAGCUGGAUGCAGCUCACAGGUUGCAGCAUCGUGCCCAGCCAACCUCAGUGCAGCAGCAUUUCCCUGUACUGAAUCAUUUGUGUGUGUGGAGGGGCUGGUGCAGCUGCACUGCUCUGUUUGCAGUUGUGGGAUGUGAGCUGUGCUGGCUGUUGUAAUCUGGUGGCUAUAAAUAACGGGGCUGCUGUGUGUUCAUCCUACUGUCCUGUGCUCAGAUGGGGUUUGGAGCCAGUGCAGUUAUCUGUGAAUCUCAUCCAUAAGCCCUCAUUAUUAGUUUCAAGUGCAAAAAAAUAAAAUAAAAAGGAGAUAACCAAUCAGAAGCUCCACUUUGGGGUUGGCUUGUGUUCUUUAGGAGUGCGAUGGGAUGGUGCCAGCUGUUUGCACACUGCCAUGAUGGAGCAAUAGAGGUGGGUUUGUUCUCACAGCGUUGGAUGUGAACGGCCCUUGGUUGGCCCUCACUCAGCUUGGCUGCUCACUGUGGUCUCCUCACUGCACCCAGCACAACGAUCCCAAGGCGUUUGGAUGAGAUGGUUCAUUGCUGCCAUGGGAUGUUUGGGGGGUAUCGGCCCAACGUGGCCAUUGAGGGCUGCAGAGCUGAGCAUGGCUGUUGCCUCUUCCUCUGCCUGCAGCCGAUAAAAACAAACUGCUUCUGCUUCUGUGGGAGGUGGUGAGCUCAUGCGAGCUGACCGGCGGAUGUUGGGGUUAAUGAUUCAGAUGGGGGCAGGAAACCAGCAGCUGGCAACGAUCCCCGGAGGAGCCGUCUCCAGCAGCACCCACACGAGGAGAUGGGACAGAAGGGGACGGCCGGCUGAGGCUGCGGGCUGGAUGUGGCUGGGCCAUGGCACAGCCAGAGCUGCUGUGGGCGGCCGCUGCUCUGAUGCUGCUCGGGGUGGCUGUGAGUGCCUGCGUCAGGUGCCAGCUCUAUGCUGCAAAGCGAGGAAAGAAGGACGGCAACCAGAGCAGUCAGCUGGAACAUCCACAGAGGUUUGAAGUGAUCCGGUCCUGCUCUGCUGUCACCCGAAGGCCAGAACGGAUCAAGGAACCCAAAAACUUGGCAAGGAAAGCCCCCGAGGAGCUCAGCACCUCCUGUCACGUUGGCUUUGAGAGCAGCACUGAGCCCCGCUACCAGAACUUCCUGACAGAGGACAACCUGCAUGGGGAUGAUGCCUACGUGGAGCCUGUCCCGCUGGGUUACUACAGCCACAACAGGUUCUUCUCCCCACCCAAGGAUGAGGACUCACAUUCCUACCAGAACGUCAUCAUUAGGGAUCCUUGCAGCUCUGAGCUGGAUGAUGCAGAAGACUACGAGAACAGUGAAGCAAUAGGAGUCUGGAAGGUGCAACAAGCAAAAGCCAGUCUGUAUGCAGAGAGCCAGGAUGAGGAGCCAGACUACGUUAACGCAGGCCCAAUGAUAGAUGCCGUCCUGCUGUCCAAGUGAAGAUUAUGGCCGGGAUCACAUGGGACAGGUGUCACUGCAAGGAAGAGAUGCUCUGCUUGAAGCCCUGACAUCCAGCAGCAAACAUGCGACUGGAAGAAGAGCUGUGCCCAGCAGCACAGCCUGUCCGAUGCACUCAGCAGCACCCACAGGCCCUGCUCCUGUCUCCAUUCCCAGCCUCCCUGCUGCAGGGAGCACGGCUGCUCUGUGCAGUGCUGUCUCCUGCCAAGCAUGAAAUGAUUCUUUAAAUUGCCGAGCAGCAGCGCAGCCAACUACUUAAUUUGUCAGGCUGACUCAUGCACGGCAGCGUUCAAAGGCAGGGAUUAGGUUUUGAUUGAGUUCCUACGCUCUCCUCCAGAAGCUGUUUCCUACAGGAGAGGAGCUGGCAAGGCAGAGGUUGCUUCUAUAGCAGCAGCACUUCUCUGGAGCUCAAUGAGACACCAGACCGUUACAAAAGCUAAGGACUAAAGAGGAUUAAGCCCUCAUCUGCAGCUUGUAAGUCACAGUGUCUGUGGCAGCCCUCCUUGUGUUUCCAUAUCAGCUUUAUAACGAUACAAAGACUGCAACGACUGAUAAGGUUCGAUCCACCGUCAGCCUUAAAAACUGCAGCGUUGUUUGAGAGUUGGAACAUCAGUCCUGUAAUGUAUCCCUGGUCUCAUUGGGAUCUCGUGCUACAAUGGUGCCAGACCUUUACAUUUAUUUAUUAAAAUUGAAAAGCCCCCAAAGAAAAA